AUGGCUUUGCCACGAGCAUUGCUGCAGUACGUCUGUAGCUUGGUGCUCUUCAUCUCUUCCGUACACGCCCUCAAGUUCGACCUCACAGCACACCCAAAGCACGACGAGAAGCAGGACCGAUGUAUACGGAAUUUCGUCGCCAAGGAGACAUUGGUCGUAGUUACGGCCAUUGUCAGCGGUAGCAAGGGCGAUGGCAUGGUCGUCAACAUGAGCAUCAAAGAUGCAGUAGGAAACGAGUACGGCCGCCCGAGAGACGUAGCUGGUGAGCAGCGAACCGUCUUCACCUCGCACGCCGACGCCGCCUUCGACGUGUGUUUUGAGAAUCUCCUAGUUGGUGGCCGCGUCAACAAUCCUAGCCGACACAUCGAGCUCGACAUCGACAUCGGCGCCGACGCCAAGGACUGGUCAGCCAUCCAGGCGAACGAGAAGCUGCGACCCGUCGAGACGGACCUGCGCCGCAUCGAGGAGAUGAUCGCCGAGAUUGUGAGCGAGAUGGACUACCUGCGCACGCGCGAGCAGAAGCUGCGCGACACCAACGAGAGCACCAACACGCGCGUCAAGUGGUUCGGCAUUGGUACUACCAUGCUGCUUGUUGCCCUGUGGGGAUGGCAGAUCAUGUACCUGCGGGCAUACUUCCGAUCGAAGCAUUUAAUUUAG